AUGAGCUUCACCACCGACAGCAUGACCGCCCCCUCGCCGGGGUACUUCACCCCGGGGCUCUUCCCGCCAGAGCCCACUCCCCCGGCCGGAGCCCGCGAGCCGAGCUCCCUGCCGGCGCUGCUGGUGCCGGCCACCCCGCCCGGGCCGGCCCCCUCGGAUGCCCUUUGGCUGGGGCCGGAUGGCGGAUCGCGCUUCGGGCCCACCCCGGUCGGUGCCGCGGCGGGCCCUGGCCCGGGGCCGGCCAUCGACCCCGGCGCCCCGGGCCCGGCUCCCCUGUCGGACUCCCUGUCGCAGUUGGACUUCCCGGAGUUCGGCCCGAGCGCCCCCGGGUCCGGCGCCAUGGGGUCCCUUCGGCCGGGGGAGCCCUUGGCGCCGGCCGCAUCCACGGCCGGGCCCAUGCCCGGGUCCCAGCCGGACCUCGGCCUGCUGAUGCACCACCCGCUACACCACCUGCCGGCUGGGGCCUCGGCCGAUGGGGCCUUCCCGGCGCUGGACCAGCUGCUGCCGGUGGCCGCCGCCCCGGCGGCCGUCGGUGACCCGAGCAUUCCGCUGCCCGGCCUGGCGGUCGAUGCCCAGGCCGGUGUUGCCCCGUCGGCCUUUGGCCCGGGGCUGCCGAGCGUCCUGGAGACCUCCAGCCCCGGCGCCAUCUCCUGGGCCCCGGCCGAGCCGACGAUCCCCCUGCCGGAGGCCGAGGCCGGCGGCGCGCCCGUGCCAGGCCCCGACCCCCGGCCCGAUGCCGCCCCCCAGCCGGAGCCCGUCGCACCCGGCGCCGGGGAUGGGCCCGAGCCAACGGCCCCGGCCCCGGCCCCGGACCCGGCGGCCCCCUCGGCUUCGGACCCGGACCCGGCCCCGGCCCCGGCCUCCGCCCCGGCGGCUGACACCACCCGCCGGACUCCCACCGGCAAGCCUCUCACCGCCUUCCAGCUGUUCAGCCGCCAGGAGCGCCCGAAGAUCCGCGCGCAGCACAAUGGCCUGAAGAUCCCCAUCGGCGAGAUGAGCCGAUUGAUCGGGGCCCGGUGGCGCAGCCUGCCGGACGCCGAGCGCCAGGUGUUCGUGGACCGUGCACAGCGCAUCGCCGACCGGGAUCGGGCCCUGGCCGAGUCACAGUCGACGGCCGGGGCCGCCGGUCCGGGGGCCCCCCCCGGCGCUGCCAGCCCGGCCGGCCCUCCCGCCGUGGCGCCUGCCCGUUGCUCGAAGAAGAAAUCAUCCAAGGACCGGGCGCCCGCCGCGGCCGGGGCCGCCACCGCCGCCGCCGAGGCCAAGCCCACCAAGCCCUCACGCCCUAAGCGCCCGAUCAACUCCUUCCUCCUCUUCAAUCGCCUCAUCCGGCCGACCAUCCUGGAGGAGACCCCCGGGCUGACGGCCGUCGAGAUCAGCCUGCGCGUGGGGGAAAAGUGGCGGUCCCUGUCGAAGGAGGAGCGCGCGGUCUUCGUUCAGAAGGCCGAAAACAUUCGCGUGGCCUUCUGGAAGGAGAACCCCGACUUCAAGUACCACGGCGAGACGCCGGCGGCCAGCGGCAGCGAGCCGGAGGCCGCCGCAUCGGACGAGGCCGGCUCCGGGGCCACCGCCAGCGGGGGGGAUCCCCCCUCGCCGGAGCAGGUCCCGGCCGCGGCCGCGGCCUCGGCCCCGGAGCCGGAGCCGGAGCCAGCCUCGGCCCCGACCAUCGCCGCCGGGCCCGGCUGCUACGAGCCCACGGUGGUCGGCUAUUCGCAGUGCUCCCGCGGCGGGUGCAUCCCGCCCAUCCUUCGGGACAAGUCCGCGGCCAAGGCCCGGCAUUGCCUGGAUUCCGGCGACACCACCAGCGUCGGGCGCAUGUUCGCCGACCUGCGGGCCGGCGGCCCGGCUGCCGUUGCGGGCCCGGUGGCCGAGGCGACGCCCGCCGCGUGCUGCGCCUGCGGGGCCGGCUACGCCCCGGGCCCUGCGACCGGGCCGGUGGAGUACAUUGCGUACCCGGCGCCGGGGCCAGGGCCGGCGGUCGGCGCCGGCGGUGGCGGCGCCGGCGGCGGCGGCUCGGGUCCCGGCGGCGGCUUCCCGGGGCCGCAUCUGCCGGCCGCGGGGCCGCCCCCGCCCCCGCCGGCGGCGACCGCCCCCGCCCCCGCCGGCCCCGAGCACCCGGGGUACGGUGUGUAUGCCGGACCGGGUGCCGGGCCCUCGGCCGCCGGGGACCUUUCGGCCGUGAGCGCCUUCUUCUCGACCGCGCCCCCCGGCGGCUCCGGCGAGGGGCUGGUGGUGGAUCCGGGCCCCGGGCCGGGGUCCUACUUCCGCCAGUCGACCCUCACGGCGGAGGAGAUUUCCUCCUCGGCGUCGGAGGCCGCGGCCACCAGCGCCCUGGCGCGGUACGGGCACCUGCAGCACCAUGGCGGCCCGGAGGCGGCCGGCGCGGCUCCCCCCCUGGCCCCGGGGCCGCUGGAGUAUGCCUCGGCCCAGGCGGUCAACUCGGCCCUGGCGUCGCAAUCGGCCUCGGAGGCGGCGGUCGAGGCGGCGGCCUCGUCGACCGGUGCCCUGACCGGCGGCAGCAGCAGCAGCGAGUCGGACUAUGCCGGGGGCUCGCCCUGCCAGCAUCCCGGCUGCGGCGGCGGCGGCGGCGGCGGCGGCGGCGGCGGCAGUACGAGUGCCGGUGGCGGCUCCCUUUGUCACUGCCCGGGCGUGCGGCCGCCGGUCCCGCACCACCCCCCUCCCCAUGUCCAUCCGCACUUCCAUCACCAUCAGCAGCAGCAGCAGCAGCAGCAGCAGCAGCAGCCGCAACAGCGGCAGCCGCACCCCAUGCCGCACUACCGGUUCCCGGCGUCCAGUCCCAGCGGCGAGGCCCUGGCCGCGGUGGGCCGGCCGCGUGCCGGCUAUCCCCCGGCGGCGGCCCCCUUUGCCGGGGAGUUCCUGUACCACUCGGCCCCAAUGGGUCCGGCCUUCCAGCCUGGCCCGCUGCCGCGCGCGGCCUACCAGCAGCAUCCGUACCAUCCGCCGCCGGGGCCGGCGCAGCCCCGCGCCGCGGUCGCCCAUGGCGGCUAUGUCCCGGCUGGCCGGCCGGCCACGUCGGCCGCCGGUCCUCCGGGCCCGGGGAUAGCCCGGGCCAAGGGCCGGGUGCAGCUGAGCCGCGCGGCGCUCAUGCGCGGCACCGUGCGCUUUGCACGGUCGGAGCUCAUCCGCAACCGGCGCCCGGCGUCCAGCCGUGAUGUGGCCCGGCUGGCUUGCAGCCGCCUGCGGGCCCUCGGCGAAUUUUCCAACAUCCCGCUGCGGGUGGACCCCGACCGGCGCCGGCACCGGUCGUACAUCCUGUCGCUGGCCGGGGCCACCCGGGCGCGGUCGGGGGCGCGGGCGCCGUCCGCGGCGGCCACUGCCACCGCGGCGGCGGUCGCGGGCGCCGGGCCGCCGCCAGCCCUGGUGGCCGCCGCGGCCACCAUCAUGGAGCAGCCCGCCUCGGCGGCGGUGACGACGACGACGACGACGACGACCGUGCCGCUUGAUGUGGUCCCCUCGCCGCCGGGGGCCGGGAGCUCGCCGUUCACGACCGAGCCGGCGACCAGCAGCUCGCCGGAUCACCUGCCGACGCCGGAGCAGCAGCAGCAGCAGCAGCAGCAGCAGCAGCAGUACUCGCCGCCGCAGCCGCAGCUGGCCACGGCUGGCCCGGGCGGAAUGCCGCUCGAUGCCGGGGCCGUGGCCGCGGCCGGCAGUGGGUCCGGCCCGACGGCGGUGGCGGCGGCCGGCGCCGACCCCGCCGAGGCGACCCUGCUCCAGGUGGAGCUGGCCGGCCCGACCGAGACGCACUUCGAGAGCCAGGAGCUGGACACGGCCGCGCAGCUGGUGGCCCAGGACCUGGGGCUCCCGCUGGCCGAGCUCCAUGCCACGGCCGCGGUCGACACGGAGCUGCUUCAGGUUUCCGAGCAGGGCACCGUGGAGGCCAUCUGCCCGACGCUCUUCCCGCCGGGGGCCGGUGCUCCCGCCGGGGGGGCCGGCGAGCAGCCCCCGGGGUCCGAUGUCCCGCUGCCGCUGCCCUCCGAGCCGGGCUUCGUGUAUGACCAGCAGGCGGUGCCGGCCGGGGGACCUCCGGCGCCAUCGGGCCCGGCCCCCCAGCACUAUCACUUCCAGCAGCCAUACUACCCGCUGCAGCGGCCGGCAUUCCCGGGCCCCGGCGAGGGGGCCGCCUAUCAGGCGGUGGCCGCCGGUGGUGGGUAUCCCCCGGCGGCGGCGGCGGCGGCGGCAGCGGGGGCGCCCCCGCCGCCGUCCUCGCCGCGGCAGAUCCAGCUGUACCACCCGCCGGCGGGGCAGCCGCCUCCCCAUCCGGGGCACUUCCAUGACCCGGGCGCGGCCUUCCCCCCCCCCGCCUUGGCGAGUGGGUCAUCCACCGCCGAGCUGGCAGGCUCGGUCAGCCGGGCCAGCGCUGCGCACCUGCCGCCUCAGCAUGCUUUCCCGGCGCAGGGCCCCGGGCAUCACCCGCAUUUCCAGCCACCAGCAGGGGCCGGGUCUCAGCAACAGCAGCAGCAGCAGCAGCAGCAGCAGCAACAUCAGCAACAUCAGCAGCAACAUCAGCAGCAACAUCAGCAACAUCAGUCUCAGCAGCAGCACCAGCAGCAGCACCAGCAGCAGCACCAGCAGCAGCACCAGCAGCAGCACUACUCCCCCCCGGGCGCCGGGCAUCCGUACCUGGACCGGGCGCCGGGGCUCGACCCUGUGGUUCCGUGCCAUCGGCACGCGGUGACCGGGACCGUCCCCGGGCCUGGGCAUCACCAUCCCCAUCACCACCCCCACCACCACCACCACCACCACCAUCGCCUGUCGAUGGGCAUGGCGGCCCCCUCAUCUCCCUCUCCCUCGCUGGCGGCUGCACCUGCGCCCUCCUCGCGAGCGGGGUACUACUGAUGGGGUCUUUCUCCGCCCCCUCCCCUGGGGGAGGGGGUGGCGCGAGAAACCAAGCACACCCACCAGCCCGUCGAGCAGCCGGGGGUACGGCGUCCAUCUCCCGCCUCCCUGGUCGUUCCGGGCCCCCUCCCCCAGAGCAUAUACACAUAUCAAGCCAAUAAACAAUGUUCAAACACA